AGAAAAUCGAAAUAGGAGAAGUUAGAGAGAGAGGGAUCAGAGGAAGAAGAAGAAUGGGAGAUUAUCACUUCGUGUACAAGGACGUGGAAGGAGCAUCCACACAGUGGGAUGAUAUCCAGAGAAAGCUCGGGAAUCUUCCGGAGAAGCCACCGGCGUUCAAGCCUCCUGCCUUUGCUCCGGCACCGGACGAAGCUUCUAUUCCUAAGGACAAGUCCUGGAUCGACCGCAAGACUGAAGACGAGCUCGAAGAUCUCGAUGAUGAUCGUGAUCUCGACGACGAUCGAUUCCUUGAAGAUUACAGGAAGAAGAGACUAGCAGAGCUGAGAGAAGCAGCCAAAGUUGCAAAAUUUGGAUCAAUCAUUCCAAUUUCAGGAUCAGAUUUUGUGAGAGAGGUCUCUCAAGCUCCAUCUGAUGUUUGGGUUGUUGUGAUUCUCUACAAAGAAGGGAUCCCAGAAUGUGGGGUGCUGAUGCAAUGUUUGGAAGAAUUGGCAACAAAAUACCCAGCAACUAAAUUUUGCAAGAUAAUAUCCACAGAUUGUAUUCCCAAUUACCCAGAUAUUAAUCUUCCCACUCUUCUAGUCUACAACAAUAGUGCUGUCAAAGCAAAUUAUGUAGGCCUUCAACGGUUCGGCAGGAGAUGCACACCUGAAGGGGUUGCAUUAGUUCUCUGCCAAUCGGACCCAGUACUCAAUGAUGGCCAAAGUGGAAGCGAUCAAUCGAGAGAAGCUGUUCUUGAGGAAGUUCGCCAGAGGUUCAUAGAGAAAGUUGUUACACAACAUGAAGAAGAUGAUGAUGGAUCUUCAAGUGAUUAGGUUCUUAGUAAUUCUUUUAGUUUGCUAAUUAAGUUUGUUUUUUCAAUAGUUGGCCACUUUUCUUUGCCUCUCUUUGCGCUUUGGCUGCUGGUUUUUUGUUUGUGUUUCUGUACUCUCUAGAUGAGAUGCUUGGUUCUUAUGUGUGAAUUUGAGUCUAAAUGCUCGCUUCAAUUUUUCGUUACUGUUAUAAAUUAAACUUUCAUGUACCAUAUUAAAAGUUACGAAUUCAGUUC